AUGAAUGUUUUUCAUAAAUUAUCGAAAGAAACUAAAAUAAAUCAAUUCAAUAUGUCCAAUCAUCAACCUAAAGAGUUCAUUUUCAAAUGCAAACAUUGUUCAAUAGUAAUUGAUAAUUUUUAUAAAUCAUUAGAACAUUUAGAGCUUCAUAGUAUACAUUAUUACGCAGAAGAAAUUGUGGAUCCAGAAACUUCAGAAAUAACAUGUGGUUUUUGCUUUGAAAAGUUUCAAGAAGUUAAAAAAUACAAUUGGCAUCAUUUCACUGAUCAUCAUGAUGAAACAAUAGUUUUGGAAAAUUUUGAUGCAAUUGAUACAACAAACUGGCUAAAAUGUUCAGCGGGUUCAAUAUGUAAAGCCAAAUUUAAAACAGAAAAAGAGCUUGAAAAUCACGACAAAGAAUUUCACAAAAAAUAA